UCAAGCAAGAAUGCUAGCGGCUUUCGUUGCGUCUUAUAUAUCUUCGCUUAUUGGUUCCAUAUGUGCAUAAUUACAUUUAUACAUUGAUAAUGCUGCUUUGCUUUUCCAUCGAAAAAGCCUAGCUGCUUUUCCAGCUGUUCGCUGAAAACUCUGUCCUCCUUCCAGUGGCGAUGGUUCUGAGUUGAUGCUAUAUUUUUUCGACGUGAUUUUCAAGCCUAUGAGUUUGUUACUGGCAUUGGUGGAACCUCGGAGCUGUUGAGCUACAAAAAUUUACUUCUACAGAAACCUUUUGGAGCAGUAAUGGCACAGGAGAGGGAUCCAAGAAUUACAAAGGCUUUCACUGCAAUGAAGAACAUUGGCAUUGCAGCACAAACUGUGAAACCAGUUCUGAAGAGACUGCUGAAAUUGUAUGAUCGGAAUUGGGCACUUAUAGAGGAUGAUAAUUAUCGUACUCUUGCUGAUGCUAUAUUUGAGUAUGAGAAUGAUAAGAUGAUUCAGGAGAAUGCUGCAAUAGUCAAUGAUGGUCUAGAACCUCCACUCAAGAAACUAAAUGUAACUCCACUUGAAGAUCAGACUUCAUCUACAAAGGAUAAUGAAAGCAGAAGAUUAGAUCUUGAAGAGGGUGAAAUACCACUAGAUGCUAAUGAGGAGGAACUGAUGGAUCCAUCUCCAUCAUUUUCAAAAUAUCUUAGGGGACAAUCUCAUUCCCUUGUAUAUGAAACUUCAAUUAAAGACAGAGGAGAUAUUCACAUUUCAACAUUUCAGGACCCAACAGGAGAAAAUGCAGUUACACACAGACAACCAAAUCUGUUCUGUGCUGGUCAGGCAUAUGGGGACCCUAGUUUUGUGCUCGAGAAAAGAGAAAGAAUACGAGAGUACCAUGAUCAGAGGAAUGUGACUAAGCCUACAAGGAAGGAACCUCUUAACUGCUCUUCACAUGUCAGUUUUCCUGCUUCAUAUAUCUGUUCAGGUAAUGGCAAGAAAGCUGAUGCUUCAGCACUGGAAUUGGGGGAUAACUUGCAAUCUACAUAUGAUAUAGCUUCGUCUUCCUGUGGGCAGGUCAAAAUUUCCUUAAAGUGUAAUCAUGCCCUUGGACAAUCUAAAUUUCAGUGGCCAAAUUUAGAUCCACUCGUGAAAUAUACGGAGAGUAAGUAUUUGAGAUCAUACAAAAUAAUUGAUCCAAAGUUCUCUCUGAUUCACUUAUUGAAGGAAUUAUGUGAUAGUUAUAUGGAAUUGACCUCCAACUCUGCUGAUAGAUCUCUGCUUAAUAAAUCUCCUGGUGAUCGCUUCCACCAAACCACAGGAUCUCACCCACAAUGUUUUGAAACACAUAAUCUAGAAAAAGAUAGGAAUAAAAAGGUCAGAAGUUCUGCAUCUUCAAACUCACUCAACCUGGCCGUUCCUCAGCAGCAACGUAUCAGUCAUGAUAGGGGAAGGGCUUUCCAUAAUGUCUAUGACAUAACAAAUGGCAACGAGAAAAUCAGCAUUUCAUUACUAGAUGAAUAUGGCAAUGAGGAUCUUCCAAAUUUUGUUUACAUUCCCCAAAAUAUAAUUUAUCAAAAUGCAUAUGUACAUGCCUCGUUGGCUAGAAUUGCGGAUGAGGACUGCUGUGCAAGCUGUGCAGGGGAUUGUCUUUCAUCUUCUGUUCCUUGUGCAUGUGCUCGUGAUACUGGAGGUGACUUUGCUUAUACACGAGAAGGGCUCUUGAAAGAAGAAUUUUUAGGAGCUUGUAUAUCCAUGAAUGAAGAACCACACAAGCAUUACCAUUUUUACUGCCCAGACUGCCCAUUAGAGAGGGCCAAGAAUGCUUAUAGGCCUCAAAAGUGCAAAGGCCAUCUAGUCAGGAAAUUUGUUAAAGAAUGCUGGAGAAAAUGCCGAUGCAGCAUGCAGUGUGGAAAUAGAGUUGUACAACGAGGUAUAACCCGCAAAUUACAGGUGUUCUUGACAGAUGAUGGUAAAGGUUGGGGUUUACGAACUCUUGAAGAGCUACCUAAGGGUGCUUUUAUUUGUGAAUAUGUCGGGGAAAUCUUGACUAACAUGGAAUUGUAUGAGAGGAAUAACCAAAGCAGUAGCAAAGACAGACACACAUAUCCAGUGCUGCUUGAUGCUGAUUGGGGAUCAGAAGGAGUAUUAAAGGAUGAAGAUGCACUUUGUUUGGAUGCAACUUACUAUGGAAAUGUUGCAAGAUUUAUAAAUCACAGAUGUUGUGAUGCAAACUUGCUUGACAUUCCGGUUGAAGUGGAGACCCCUGAUCACCACUACUAUCAUCUUGCAUUUUUCACUAGACGGAAGGUGCAUGCAAUGGAAGAGCUUACAUGGGAUUACGGGAUUGAUUUUGAUGAUCAUAAUCAUCCUAUUGAAGCAUUUCGGUGCCGUUGCGGAAGUGCUUAUUGUCGUGAUGGGAAAGGGAAAAGAACUAAACCGAGUAUCUCCAACUGAAGCCGCAUGUUGUUGAGCUGCUGAUGAAUGGUCUCCAGGAAUUUGACUCGUGACUGUUGUUUCUCCAUUUCUAGAUUAGUAAAACACAGCAUCCCCGCCAUUUUUGCAGCUGUUGGUGGAGAAUGUUGGUCCUUAAUGCCUACUCUCUCUCUGGCUUGUUCCUUGCUGGUUUAUGUAGUCUUCAAAAUGAUGUUUGUUAGUCCACCAAGCAGGUUCUUUUUUUCUUUUUCUCUCUUUUCCUUGGGUCAAGUGGAAGCAGUUUUGAACUCCAAAUCUUACACCUGUGGCAUGAAUUUAGACCACGGGUGCAUACAUUAUCAAUAGA